CUAUUCCCAUGGUGACCGCUCAGCCUCAGCCCGCCGCUGAGAGGAAGAGAGACCAUGGCUGAGGACCUAGAGCCUGAAUCCUUCCUGAGGCGGAAACACUGUGAGCUGCGCAGUGUCAAAACUCUCUGCAACCUAAGGGGGCUUCUGAACAGACUCCAGAAGGACCACAGAGAGGACAUCUGUGUCUACAUCUCAGGGCACCUGAACCCCAACAAGCUGUAUAGGCCACAGGAGACCAUCCUGCAUCACUGGCACAAUGCCCGCAGGCCAAGGUGGGAGACCGUCUCCCCAUCAAGAACAGGAAAGGCAGGGGGUGGGAAGACUGCUGAGAUGAAGGACGCUUUGUCUUAUUUUACCAUCAACACAGCACUGGUUCCCAGUGAUACCCAGAACAUGAAGCUCUUCAGGUAUUUAAACCCUGGAGCACAAACCUCACAAACUUUGCAUGCACCUGAAAAUUUCAUCCCAAAGCAGAUUCUCCAGGAAGAAGAAAAGGAAGAAGAGGUCCUUGAGCGCCUCUUAGAGCGACGCCGGAGAGAGGAACUCAGGUUGCCUGAGAUGAAGGUGCUGAGGUUCAGAGAAGCACAGUCCAGCCGUGAGUGCACCCUGUCUCCCCCAAGCAGAGAUGAGUACCAGUAUGUCAGUUCCUACCUAGCUGGUGUGACAAAGGCUGACAGGUAUAAGAAGUUCUUGAGUUUCCAAAAAGAAGUUGUGGCAAAGCAAGAUCUGAAGAGUGGCUUCACUGGGAGCAAGGUGGCAAUCAGCCAUGAAAAGAAGCUGGAACAGGAACUCCAGAAAAUAUGCACAUGCAACUCUCAAGAGUUCAACAGGCUGCAGGUUUUUGGAGAUGUCUUUGAGGACAUUUGCAACAGCUCUCUAAUAUUUGGUGACCUCUUGAAAGACAUUAAGAACGAGUAUGAACUCUAUAUGGCAGUACUUCUGGACUCCCAGCCUACAGAGCAGAUUAAGAUGCUCCAGGCAGAAGUCCAAGGGCUGGAGAAGGGCCCUGUGAGGCCUGAGGAUGUUGAUCAGGCCAAGAGGGAGCUGAGGAGGCUUGUGCGGGCCACCAAGGCAGCCCUGGAGAACAAUGACAUACUGAGAAAUGAAUUAGAGAUGGAGUACAUGUUGCUGCAGUCUGCUAAGGAAAAAUCAGAAUCAUCUCAGAAAACUAUAAUUGAUGAAGAACAUCUUACUCUUACUGAGAAGGUUGAAAAAAAGAGAUGUGAAAUACUCAAUAAAUUGGAUGAAAUUCAAGCUCUUGAAAAACAAAUUAAGACUACUUUGGUGCAUACCAACAUUUCAGAUAUCGUUGAGAGUAAAAUUAAAAGCAUAGAGAAUGAAGUUAUAAAACUGGAAACAAAAAAUAGUAUUCUACAGAAGAAAAUACAAGUCAUUGGAAACAAUGUGAAGCAGAUCGUGAAAAAGAGUGAAAUCAGUAAGGAAGAGCAGCAGAAUCUUUGGGAAUUUAUUACAAAAUUUCCACAAGGAACAAAAAAUGACUCUCAAAGGACUGAAGAAAUGACCUAUGAAAACUGACAACUGGCCUUGUACAUAGCGUGGAUGUCUACAGAUGUAUAAAUUAACCAAGAUCUAUUACAUUUUGUGAACUUCAACCCUAUUAAUGUGUAAUGCAACCUACUCCAAUAAUUGAGAAAAUACAUGUACAAAUAUGAUUUGUUUCACAUUUAUGUAUAUGUUCAUAACUAUAUUAGUUUUGUUUUUAUUUAGUAACUUUCAACUGAAAGUACUUCUGCAUAUUUAAUAAGAAUAACAAAUUAGCUCUAUUAUAAUACAGAUUGAUUUUACAUACUUACAAACAGGUUUCUAUAUAUGCAUUUAAUAAAAUUUAGGAAUGGACUAACUAGUAUCAUUUAAUUACGUAGUCAUUACUGACUGGAAAUGGUCACUGCACUACAAAUGCUACAUUUGUGUUGUGUUUGCACUGAACUUAUCUCAGCUGACUGGGCUCCUCAUGACAACCUUGUAACUUGUGUAGGUUUCUUUAUCUCCACUUUGCCUUUAGUGUAAGUAUGUAGAAUAAGUGCAGGUUUGAUUCCUUAGGACAUCAAUCCAUAGGGGGACUUUGAAGAUCCAGUGUAAAUGAUGAAAUACAAAUAUGAGACAUUCAGUCUUGACUUGGAAUAUUAGAAUAGUAGAGUUGAGAGAGGUGGGGGAGGGGAGGAAGAGAGAGAGGAGAAGGACAGGGGAGGGAGAUAGUGGAGACAGAGGAGAAGGAAAGGAGAGAAGGAGAAGAAAGGGAGGGAGGGAAAGCAGGCAGGAAGGAGAGGAUUAUUGCCAGGGACUUGUGUUAUACUCAGGUCUCUUUAAGAGCUAUUAGCUCCUCCUGAGACAUGAUUCAUUCUGCUUUUAGUGGUAAUAUGGUAGCAGCUACUUAAAGCUUUUGCCAUAUACAGAAAUAACCUGGGCUUUAAUUUUUUUUUUGGGUUCUCUAUGACUUAGCCAUUUCCUAUUGAUUUGCAUAUCUAUUUGCAUUCAGUAGAAUCCUGUUAGAAUGACUUCAUGUUUCUGGUCACACAGGGAAGAGAAUUAAGAGUGUGACAUGGUGAGGUGCUUAAGGCCUCUAUUAUGGUUUAGAUCUAAAGUAUUCCCCCACCAAAGACUCAUAUAUUCAGAAGUGGAGAUUUUGGAAGAUGAGAUUAUGGUUGCCUCUAUACUCAUUUGUGGAUUAGUCUUGAUGGGCUCAUAGUUGAACAUGUUGUCAGGAGGUGGGCCCUGGUUGGAAAAGGUCCAUCACUCUUGUUAUGACCUGGAAGAGUGCAUUCUUAUGCUUCUUUCUUUUCUCUCUCCUUCUUGGCUGCCAUGGGUUUAGCAGCUUUCCUGAGCCAGGCCCUUCUGCCAUGACAUUUCUCUCUUGGAGUCAGUCACAAGCCAAUAAGGCUCUCCUUCUUUAGUUGCAGUUGUUAAGUAUUUUGUCCCAGUGGAAGAAAAGUAACUAAUACAGAAAAUUGGUUUUAGAAAAGCGCAAUCACUGCUGUGACUGUACCUGACCAUUGCCUUUGGAAGUGUUUUAUGAGUGGAAUUUCAAAGUUUAAAAUACUAGAACGGUGUAAGCAGAGCUUGAUGAAUGAUUUUGGAUGGAGCUCAGAGGACUAGAAUGCUGGCAGGAAGGUGGGAGCAAAGGCCAGGAGCAUGAGGUUCCAGACAGGAAUGAGGACUCUACUGAAAAUUGGACUGGAGACAUUCAAGUUACAUUUUGGCAGAUAACAUUUUGCUCAUGUUUUAAGGCUUUGUGUGACAUUGAAUUUAAAAGUGAAGAAUAAUUAAUUUAGUGGAGGAGAUUUCAAGGCAUUCCAUUGUUCAAGCUGUGGUGGUGUUGGCUGCUUAAACCAUAUUAACAGUGAGAGCCAGGAGCAAAAGAAGAGCUGAAAGAUGUGAAUCAUUUGCAGCCUGGCCAGAAGGACAACCCUUGUGAAGUUGGGGUCAAGGAGAGUGUAUUACUGUAAAGAUUAGUGCUAUGUACUUUGCAUCUGGACAUUAGGAAAGACAGCUUGAGGGCAUCUCACAAAUUGGCAAAACUCUACUUACCACAGUCUCAAAGAGUAUAAAGAGUACACUCUUCUGAAAGAUUUUGUUCUGAGAAGAGAGCCCCAGGGCACCCUGCUCACUCAAAUCUGCCUAGGGAACUGUUCAGACAUUGAGGCACUAGAGGCUGCUGCAGCCAUGGUCCUCUAGGGCUCACCCACUGUUUCCACUGGUAGCAGAUCUUAGUGUCAUCCAUGUUUGCUCGUUUUAUAGGCAACCAGAAUGUCAAAAUUGUAGGAUCUGGGAGGCUUCCACCCAGAUUUUGGAAGAUAGCAUGAGAGGCCAGGCAAAAAAUGUAUUUCAGGGACACAGUUCCUGCCAGCAGUGCCUGCAGGGUGAUGCAUAAAGAUGUGAGUGAAGCCAAAGCUGUAGUGGAGACCCCAGGACAUUGGAGAUGGAAAGUUGAAGUUGGCCAUGGAAAGUUGCAGUCAGGCAUCAGAGUCAUCCCAAGAGAGUGGCCAUGUGGGCUGCCCAAGCCCUUUGGAGAUUGCUUUUCACCACCAUAUGCCUUGUGUGCUGGGCAUGGAGCAACAAGAUUUAAUGUUUUCCCUGCUGGGUUUUGGUCUUACUUUACUUUGUUUUUCCCUUUCAGAAUGGAAAUGUUUAUCCCGUGGCAGUCUAUGUUGGAAAUAUUUAACCUUGUUUUUGAUUUUUAUAGGGCCUCAUAGCUAAGAGCAUUAAGUUUGUACUUGGACUUUUGAGCAAUACUGGAACUCUUAAGACUCUGGCAACUCUUGGAGAUAGACUGAAUGCAUUUUGUAUAAUGAGAUGGACUUGGCCUUUUGAGGACCAACAGCAGAAUGUUAUGGUUUAAAUCUAAAAUGUCUCUCCAGGCCAGGUGUGGUUGCACAAUUCCGGUACUUGAGAAGGUGAAGCAGGAGGGUGAUGCAGUAUCACUACAAGGUCAAGAGCAGCCUGAACUAUAUAUAGUGUGACCCUAUCUC